GGGCUCAUCGCUUAGAAGCAGUUCCAAUUGCAUGCAUGAGAGCCAGUGCCAAUCCCAAUAGAAAUGGAGGCGGCUCGUACGGCCUGACUUCCGAGAAUGGCGGGCACGGCCAUGACGACGAGAACGACCAGCAGCAGCAGCAUCAAGAUCCGACCAAGUUGCUGUUUGCAACACCUACAACAGGGCGAAGGAAUCAACAGCUUAAAACGCAAGCCUCGGUCAUUCUUGCCCAGACCGGCGAACGGGUGCAAAGAUCUGUGUCGUCCUUCAGUCUCGGGUUUGAAAGUUUUAGUUUCCGGAGCAGUGACGACGACACAGACGAAGAGAAUGCCGUCGAAUCUUCGAGUCUACUCGGAAGGAAUUCUGGCGGCCAGAUAAGGCGACAAUGGACCCAAAUGAAGGAGUUUGUCCAUACAGAGAUGUUCCGAAAUGUGCUAAAGUGUAGCUUGGCGUAUCUCAUUGCCUCGUUGGGGGUGUAUUGGCUGACCUUUGACGAUUUUUUGGGCAGAACAGACUCCAAACAUGUGGUGGCCACGGUGGCGGUUUAUUUCCAUCCUUCGAGGUCCAAGGGCUCGAUGCACCAGACCUUGGGGUUUGUAGUAUGUGCCGUGGUGUUCAGCUUCAGUAUGUCGUUCCUUUGCCGGGCAUUACUGGGCUUUUUCUUCAAUCAUGGCGAGGAUGAGCUUUGCUACACGAUCGAUUUGAUUGUGAGUUCCUUCACCUUGGGGGUGGUUGCCUUUAUGAAGCAAAAGGUGAACAAGCAAACGUUCAAUACCGCGUGUUCCUUGGCAUCGAUCAGUUUGGUGUCGUGUAUUAUCAAGGAGGGCAGUACCAAUGCCCUGGAAAUCCCCAUUGAACGUUUGUUGUCCACUUUGCAAGUCAUUUGCACUGGAUGUGCCAUCUCGGUGCUCAUCUGUUACUUUGUAUGGCCCGUGUCUGCCGUGAGACAACUCCGGAAGCAUUUGAACGACUCGUACAACAUCAUGUCUUCAUUACUUUCCAUCACCGCCAAUCGAUUUCUAAACGGGGAGAACAUUUCUGCUAAGGAUGUUGAAUUUUUCAACUCUCUCAAUAAGAAUAUUACCCUGUUGAACCUUUCCUUGGAAGAGGCCAAAUUUGAAUUGCUUUUGGUUGGUAGAGAAGAGGAAUGGUUACUUUUCGUGAAACUUGUAUCCACCACCAAGGCGUUGGCUAGACACGUACAGGCGCUCCGUUCAUCGGUGGAAAUGCAAUGGAGUUUACUCCAUGAUCAAGAUGAAAGUGAUGACUCCACUAGCAUCAGUAGUGGACGUCAUUCCACCGAGUCAUUGAUCCAUCUUUCUCAAAGUGUGGAGAAUAUGGCCAAAAUCCAAACUUCUUCAGGGGCCGCGUCUGCUGCUGCAGCAGCCGCUGUGAGUGCAAAUACCGCCAUAACUUCAGGACAAAUCUUUGACUUGUUUGUAUACUAUUUGGCCCCCUCGAUGAAAUCAUUUAUAUUCACCAUCAAGAACAUUUUAUCUGAGGUUCCCUUUGAGAAUUUCGAUGGGAUAACUAACAAGUUUGCCCCGACGGACACGUUCCAGCACUCAUUGGAAAGCGCCACGAGACUAUUCCAGAGCAAGCAAGCCGAUUCAUUCGAACGGUUGUACGCACAGGAGAUUUUCCGUAGAGGAGAUUUAAACGAUAACAAGGACUUUUUCUUUAAAACCGACCAGGAAGAAGUGACAGCCUGUUGUGGCAAUUUCCUGUCAUUAUUGGGAGAAUUUUCACGAGAAUUGAUGAAGUUUUUGAAACUAACAGAAGAGUAUGACGAGGCAAGAGGCAGUAGUAGAAGUUGGAAAUGGUUGAGAAGGAGGACAACCACCACCACAGAUGCCGCGAGUGAAGAGACCAAAUCAGACGUAGAUGUAGAUCUAGUAGAUUCCGGGGAACAACAGGGACUCAAUGAAGCCCUUUUAAACUUCCAGAACCAUUACGAAGAUGAUCUGAAGAGAAGGAAGAGACAUCAAGAAAAUCAUAGUCAGGACGACAUGCCCCUUUCAUUCAAAUUAUGGAAGACUUUGAAAAUAUUUAACCGUACCGACACUCAAUUUGGUAUUCGAGUUGGAUUGGGGGCGUUUUGUAUUGCCAUAUUCGCCUUUUUACCACGAACCAAAGAACAGUUCAAUGAAUGGAGAGGUGAAUGGGCUCUAGUGAUCUAUUGUAUCAUGAUGAACAAGUCAGUUGGAGGCACCACCAUGACAAUAAAAUGGCGGUUCAUUGGGACGUUUUUAGGAUGUUAUGGCGCAUAUUUGAUCUGGUGGUUGACCGAUGGGAAUGGAUACAUCUUAUGUUUGAGUGGGUUCCUCAUAUCUAUCCCCAGUUUCUAUAUCAUUCUCUAUUGGAAGCAAAACAACCCGUUUGGUAGAUUUAUCUUGUUGGCCUAUAAUCUUACUGCCUUGUAUUCAUACAGUAUGACCCAGAAGGACACCGAGGACGGCUUGGAAGGUGGAGAUAACCCAAUCAUUGAAGACAUUGCCUUCCAUAGAUUUGUCUCUGUUUCGGUCGGAAUCGUUUGGGCAUUGACCAUGGCGUCUCUAUUCUUACCCAAUAGUGCUCGUGCCCGGUUGAAGAAGGGGUUGACCAUCUUGUGGCUCCGUAUGGGGGUCAUUUGGAACAGUGAUCCAUUGGAUUAUGUUGAGGAAAGGGAAGAAAGUCGACUCUUGGGAUUGAAAGAUCAAAAGGGUUUACAUGAUUUACUUCGAGAAUGUGAGACUUUGCUUAAACAAGCGCCCAAGGAAUUCAGAUUGAAAGGUCAAUUCCCGAAGCAAAAAUAUGAAAAGAUCAUACAAUGCACCUCCAACAUCAUUGACGCGUUCCAAAACAUGAAUCUAAUGAUAGAAGUAGACCCUGCCUUGAGUGCCAAUGAGGAAUAUGUGUUGAAAUACAUCAGCGCUGAACGUGCUGAAGUGGAGCAUCGGAUCUUUUUAGUGUUCUAUAUGAUUGCCAGUGCCAUGAGAUUAGGGUUCCCGUUGCCCAGCAAGCCGGCUUCCACGGAACAUGCAAAGGAUCGUAUGCUUUUCAAACUCAAUGAGAUUCGAAGUAACACGGCUGUGAAGAAAGAUUUGACCUUGACCAAUGAAGAUUAUGUUCUUUUAUACUCGUACAUCUUGGUCACCAACAAGAUAUCGCUGGAGUUGGAUAAGAUCAUUUUACUAGUGAAGGAUUUAUUGGGGAGCAUCAACGAGGAGAUCUUUGAGUUGGUUUGAUCCAACUGGGGGGAGAACAGUCCCAAGAGAAAAGAUAAACUGGCUGGUCCGGCAAAA